GUGAAACAAACAAAACGCGAGUGCUUUUGUGCGGGUCGUGUGUGCUGUGUUUGUGUGGAUACGGUAAUUGAACUUUCCCUGUUUGUUGGCGAUUGAUAUCGCGAAGCAACAAGAUGAAUGAAGCGAUCCUGCGAGAGAUGAUUGCGGCAGAGAUUCCUAAAUCUAAUGAUUUCAUUGAGUGGUUUCUCCACUACUUCAAGAAACAUCAGUUACGGCAUCAUCAACGAGAUAUCGAGUCAUUCGCCAACUAUUUCAUCGGGUUUAUACGCGCGCAAACGGAAGACCUGUCCCGGUACGCUCCGCCGGCGAAAUGCGACACGCCGAGAAAGGUGCCCACCGCGUUCGAGGGCGAAUCGAUGGGUUCGCUGCGGAAAUCGUCAAUCAUCGACGGCUCCGGUUACGCAGCGUCCGGUGUAUCGCACACCUCAACCCCGGUCGCCAAAGGUCGGGCACUGGGCGAACCCGACACCGCCGGAAGCCGGGAAGGAGGACACUUGAUAGCGCGCAAACUCUUCGAACAGCACGGCGGUGGUCCAUCGAACGCCGGCGAGGACGAGCGGCAGUGGGUUGGCGCGACCGGCACCACACCGAAACGCUGUCCGUUGGCCCAAGGACCGCCGGCCAACGGAUGCUCCACGCCCCGAACCAGCCUCCAGAGGGUGGCCGGGAUCUGCUCCACUCCACCACCUCCAACCGGUUCGGAUGUCUCGCGAGGAAGCAACCUGAUGACGUCCUACACCAGCACUCCCAUCCAGCACUCCGGUGGCGGCCGUGGGAAACCAACGGCACAGUACGGAGCGUCGCGCAACGGAAGUCUGGAGGUCUCGCAACCUUCACCGAGCGCGACUAACGGAUCGCAGCGUUGCACAGAGGUCAGCGGGGUCAGCGAUGGUGGUGGUGGUGGUGGUGGAGGAGGACGACGUAGCAAAACCGGCUCACCUUGCCUGGGCGACUUCAUCGUCACGCACUCGAUGAAGUCACAGAAAAGCCACCGCCGGUCGCCGCUAACCGGGGCCAAUCUCAGCGCCGAACUGUGUGGCCAGGGGCUGGCAUCACCCUCGACUCAGAGCCACAACAGCUCGCUGUUUCAGGAGCAAGAUUUCCCGCAGCUAAGUAUGGCCUCGGUCACAUCCACGCCGAAGAAGGAUCCCAUCGAGGAGGACCAGAAGCGACGUGUUUCCAUCCUGCAACGAUCCGAGCCUUCGGAAGCCACGUCGACGGGGAAGAAAGUGACCCGCGGAAGACGCAUCGCACCCACCACGGUCAGCAGGACCGUGUCCGCCAGGCACGAUUUCACCUCGUCGUCGCUCAAGUCGGAAAACAAUCUCGUGUCGAUCGCCAGCACGGAACAGGAGCCCACCGUCGAAGAUCCUCGCGGAAUGUUGCGCCGGCUGAAGGAUGAGAUCCGAACCGAUUUCGAAGCGGAACAGGCCCAACAGCGACGGGCGGUGCGUGCCAAGCAGUCGUUGCAGUCAUCGUUCGGGCAGCUCGAAGCCAUCAGCCCGCUCGUAGAACCACCCGCGGCUGACCGACCGACCUGUGGCAACGAAAGCCACACAGACACCAGCUCGAGGAACCUACUGGUGAUCGAAUUCGCCAAGGUCACGCAGAAAGCCACCAUCGAUCGCCUGGUGGCCGUCUUUGCCCUGCUGAUGGAUCUCAACCUCGUACCGAACGUGCUCAACGAGCUGGCGUACCUCAUCAAUCUGGUCAGCACGGAACGGUUCGCGCCGGUCGAGCCCCCGCCCGCCGAUACCGAUCUCACCGGCGUCCUGCGCUGCCCGCACAAUUGCGUCUACUUCGCAGCGGAAGUCCUAUACCGGCAGCGGAUGCUGCUCGCCCUGCUCGACAGCACCUCGCUGCGGGUUGUGGUCGAGAACGAGCAGCUGGCGGCCCUCCAGGCGAAGUUGAACGGCUUCCUGGGGGAAGCGCUGGCACAAAAGGUGAAACUCGAGACGGCUGCGCUCCAGCAGGCGGCCAACAGCAGCGAUCUGGUGGCGAACAGCAGCAUCACGAACGUGUUCUACCAGCAGGAAAACGAUACGAAGGAUCACUUUCCUUCCGUGAAGGAGUUCGGUGCGUUCAACAAGCAACGGGACUCUUUCUACACCAUCCUCAGAAUCUGGGAAAGCGAGCACCUCAGCCCGAGCUGGGAGUUCGAGGCGAAGCUCGGCCCGAAGGUGCGGGCCAUGCUGGACAUUCUGCAGCAUCCCAUCAACAUGGCCCAUUUGGCGAAACUGUUCAGUGCCCAGCUGAUAAUAUCGUUCAACUUUGACAACUCGGCCAGCGAGCUGCAGAUGGUACUGCCGAGCAUAGAUCUGACCAAGCUGUCCAAGCUCCGGCAGCGGCUGGUGGCCCCGAGCAUCUUCUCCACGCAGUACCUGUUCCCGGGGAGCCAGACGUUCUUCCGUGAUUUCAUCGUGGCCAGCGAAAAGCAUGCGAUGUUUAUCGAGCAGCUGAAGGCGGUCCUCAUCCACGAGCUGCUGCAGAUGAACGGCUCAUCGUACGACAUUUUCAGCAUCGCCGACGCGACGAACAAAAACCGCAUCGAAUAUGUGGUUCGCCCGGAAACAAUCGCAACGAUGCGUGUGCUGGCGAAAUUCAUCGGUUUCAUCAUCGCGCGCCCAUUCCAGUACGAAGGAUGUCGCAGCACCAUCGUGGAAAACCGACAAAUCGAGCUGCGUAAUACGCUACUACCACUGUUCGACGUGAAGCCCAUCCUAUUACGUUCGGUCGUGGAUCGAAAGCUGGUCAUCACCGUUCCCUGGCUCGUGCAGUAUUUGAGCAUGCUGGAUGCAGUUACCCUCCGGCUGCGCUACUACGAAGAACUGUUCCACAUGCUGCGCGAUAUCUACCAGGCGACGGCCAUGUGCGGCUUGUCCGCGAAUCGCCAACUGUUCAUCAUUCCUACCUCCAAGUUCAUCGUGCGCUCCUGUCUCGACUGGUUGUUCGAUCAGUCCAACGUUCCCGAGGAGUAUUUUAACUCUUCCGAGUCGUCCGACGAGCCAUCCAUGCACGUAGAACAGUUGGCCAUGGAACGGUACGGUACGGUGGAACAUCUCACCGAAUCGUCCGCAAACGUAGCACCCAUUGCCAAUCGGAAAAGCAUCAAACCAAACGACCCAACGAUCCCCGAAGUCGUAUUCAAUCCGCUGCUGGAAGCCGUACUCAGCGCUGCCUGUCCGUUUUUAGCCGACUUUCGCGUUUCCGUGAUGCCGUCCAAGGUGGAAAAGGCCGUGUCCCGGACCGGUCGCUAUCGCCACAUCACGACGCGUUAUUCCGGAGUUGUGACACCUCAGGCAGCGACGGCCAGCGAAGCGUUACCAACACCACCACUGGAAACGAGCACCGCCAACCUAUCGUCGAAAAGCUUCGGCCAGUCCGGACACAAUCAUUCCAAGUCGGGACCGGCGAACGUCCAGCAACGGCUGAUCGAAGCGUUCCUGCAGUCGCAAAGCCAUUCCGUACGCCGAACCGUCGAAUUCAUCGUCGAACGGACGACUUCGGCCGUCAUAAAGGACUUCCAGAUGAUGCAUCUCCUGCCUAAGAAGAAAGCGGUCACCGACCAGAUAGCGACGGUACGCACGGGUAACGUGCACUAUGUGAGGCAACAGAUCUACAACAUCUGCAGCGAGGCACUCGCUAGCGUUAACGGCACCUGGGAGGGCAACGUGCCGAAAAUGCUAAGCAAACGAAUCUCGGACUCGCUUGACGCAUUGCUCCCGGCGGAAACCAUCGCCAGCGUGCGGACGAUGUGUAAAAACAUUGCCCUGGACAAAAGUCUGCAAAAAACGAACGAAUGGCGCCAGUCGUACAUGUCGGAUUUAGGUACGUAUGCUGGAGAAAUGUGUACGGACGUGCAAAGUGAAGCGGACAGUAUUAUGGCCAGUCGAACGCAACAGAACAGGGAACAGCAGCAACCGGCGGAAAAGGCAGCAUCCGGCACCGUCGGCAAUGAAAUCGGCCUCUCGAUAUCGGCAAAUAGUACCAUAGUACCGUCCGUACUGUACGGAAAACUGCAGCUACUCGUAAAUUAUGCGUCAUGCAAACCGACGCUGCUUACCUUGGACGAGCUUUCCCAGUUGCUUGCCGAAACGCUAGCUUUUCUUGAUGAACCGGGGCACACCAUGACACCAGCGAUGAACCGCAUGUUAGCUUAUAUGUUGCUCCAAUUGUUUGUACUGUUAGUAAAAUCGCGCUGUGAUUUGAGCGUACCUGAGCUACUUCAAGCUGCCAUUACCGUUUGGAAACAUCCCAAGAUGGCAAAGCACUGUUCACCCCCGUUAGCCGAACCGGAGGAGACAUCAACCUUACCAGUUUCACCAUCGCACGAACGGUCGUUCGGGUAUCCUGCACAAAUCGAACAAUUCCGCCAAAAGCAAAGGCAACAAGACGCAGAUUACAUUUUUUCUCACCUGGUUAGUAAUCGAAUUAUAAGAAUGUUGGAAGAGAAUACCGAUCCUAGCGCAAACUAUAACUCUUACGCUGAGUUUAUCACGGGAUUACUAAACGCACAGCUGAUAACGAUCAGUUUGUUAAAUGAACAGUUUGUCGCGAUAUUCAAUGAGGAGUGGCCAAAGCCCACACUUGACCGCGUUUCUGCCGUCAUCAAUCGAGUUUUACAUAAAAAAGGCCAUGCAAAGAAACCAGGGCACAACGUCGACGAUUCGCAAUCGGAGAUGUUUAUGGAAUUGUUAUCCGAUCUCGCGCGCGAUAUUACAGAAUUUUGAUAUUUAAAUAAUCGUUCCCAGCGGUCAACGGGUAGGCAUGUGUGACCGUUGAGAUGGACGGUCCCGUUCUGACCGUCAAUGAUAGGCUCGCUGGGCCUUAGUUUAAUGAAAAUUUACUCAACAAU